AUGGCGAACCACAGGCAACUAAUCCUGUGCCUGGUCAGCUUUGCAGUUCUGACCAUGCAAUGGCCGCAGGCGCAGGUAGUGGAUGACGAGAUGGCUCCCAAGCAGACUAGCACCACCACCACCACCACCACCACCACCCAGGACCUUGCUAUGCAGCCCCAGAGGACGCGUGAGUUGACCCCCGUCGAUCUCAGAUGGGGGAGCCUAUUCGAUGGCCAGGGCCGGCCCACCGAGCGACUUCGCAAUGUAUACCGUGGAGUCGGCGCCUUCGUCAUGAAAGACAUCAAUCCCAAUGCUAGCGUCAUAACCCCCGCCAUGAUGAAGGUGUUUUACACCCGAUUCGACUGCCGUUCCCAAGGGGACGAAGAGCUCAUCCCUCAUCUUGACAUCUUCGGAAACGUUGACCCUUCCAUGCUCCAGCUCAUGUACCAAGGUCUGGGGUGCGACUACCACCUCGUGCCCCUCCAGGGUAUGCGCACCCCCAUCAUUCCCGCCCUGACAGUCACUGGCUUCGCCCAGUGGAUGGAGCAGUUCGCCCUCGCCUGUCCCGGGAGCGAAUCGCGCCGUCUGGCUCGCGUGGUCGAGGCGCUCCCCAUCGACUGCUGCUACACGUCUGCCGCUCCCGGUGAGCAGUCCAAGACGGUGACCGAGAGGCUUCCCAAGCAGCUGUCGCGCCACCUCUUCCCCCCAAGGCACAACGCCGCCGUGAAGGAGGACAUCGCCGACGUGUACCGAGAUGCCCUGGUCCUCAACGACGACGAUCCCAGGCACACGCCCAGACGCCGCCCACGUAUCGUCAUGGUCGACCAGGACCCGCCGCCACCGCUCAGACAGCUGCCGCCGUCUCCCACGAGGCGCAGCACCUACUCGGUCAUCUCCGAGCCUUUGCUGCCGCCGCGGCAGGCCCUCUCGCCUCCCUGCGAUGACAGGGUGGUGCGCAGGAGAGACGGUCUCGAGUACGAGCCGGCGAGAGUAUACGUUAAGAGGAGUGACGACCGUGACCGCGAAAGUGAACUUGACCGUGAUCGCCGUCGGAUGAUCACGCCCCCGCACGAAGCCGAGCUGGAGCGCAGACUGACGCGCCGCUGGACCUCGGCCCCGAGGGACGACGAGGAGAGGAGGGUGACGCGUCGCCAGACGGCGCCCCCCGUCGACGUGGAGGAGGAGCGCAGGCUGGACCGCCGCUCGAGCAGGAAGGACCCCGCCCCAGACCGUCACCACCACCACCACCACCGCCAUCACCGCAAGCAGGAGAGGUCCCCAUCCCCCCCACCUGAGAAGCGUAAGCGCCACAGAACCUUCUCCGACAGUCUCCGGUCCUUGGACCUCCUGACCGGCAUGUCGGGCAUGCAGAGCACCGUCGGUUGGGGCACCGCCGGCGGGAGCCGCACCCACCGCCACUCCCGCGACAAGGAAAAGGAGUCCCGCGUCAAGGAGAGGGACCACCGUGGGAAGGUCAGAGAAUACCGUGGCAAGCAGAACGAGUAUUACCAUCACAGCCGUCCCAAGUCGAAGACGUUUCCCGCCUCUGUCGUGUCGAUACCUGCGAGGCAUGUUGGCGUCUGCGAGCCUGGCACGGAUGAGGAGUGGCUUCGUGAGAACGGCUAUACCGUGUGA